GGCGGAGGGGGAGGAGAGGCGAGGCGAGGCGAAGCGGCGGCCGAAAUCCGGGAAGGCGCUGCCUGACCGCGCGAGGAAGGAGCGGCCCCUGGGUCCGGCCGGCUCGCCGCCGGGGUGGGGGUGGGCCUGCGCCUCCCGCGUCCCCUUGAGGCGGUGUUUGUUUUUCCUGCAGAAGACUGGUGAGGCCCGACUGCUGCACCGAAGGUCGAGGGUCUGAGUGUGCCGAGGAGCCAGGCCGUGGCGGUCGAUGCCCCUGCGCUGUGGCCUUCUGCGGAUCAGAGAUGGACGUGGGCAAACCCCGGGGCGGCAGCUCGGAACGUGGCGCGAGUUGGUCACCGGCCGCCGCUGCUGGGGCUGGGGGCGAGCGAGAGGAGGCGUUCAGCCCUGCCGAUUCGGGAGGGCAGGAGGGAGAGCAUCGGGGGGAUGCAGGCUUACGUUGCGCGAUGUGUACGGGAACCAGCUCCGGCGGGAAACGGUUUAAUAGCCCGAACUCCAACAGAACUGAUUUCUGCAGCUGUCCGUCAAACGGCUGUUCAGCUGGAAGUUUCGUGAGGCAAAGCAAAGUUAACAGUGAGCAGCUGAAUUGGAGCCAGUCUCACAGAGAUCUGAUGAUGAUGAUCCAAGAAAUGAAAAGGUGUUUGCCUGAAGAGAAAAAGAGUUCUAGCAAACCCAGUACCAUCAGUGCUCUCAACUAUGCCUUGCAGUGUGUCCAGCAGGUCCAAGCAAACAAUGACUUUUUCCAGGCUCUGAAUGACCGAAGAGUGUUUCAGCCAGAUGUGAUGACAUACAGCAUAGAAGAGUUGGUGGCAGUUGCAUCUGAACACACUCCAAAAAACACUGACACGUUUGUGGCUGUGUUUUCCUUGCUUUCGGGACACAUAGUGCAUAUUUCUGAGCAGGCAGCAUCCAUUUUAAACUGUAAGAAGAAAGUGUUGGACUCCUCCCGGUUUGUAGAGCUGCUUGUCCCUCAGGAUGUGAGUGUGUUCUACACGCACACUGAUCAGUCCCACCUGCCGCUUUGGAACAUGGAAAGUCAAACAGCUUCUCUGUAUGAAUAUGCCCAGGUGAAGUCCUUUUUCUGCAGGAUCAGGGGUGGUAAAGAUCAAGAACAAGAAACACGUUGUUACCCCUUCCGAAUUACCCCAUACUUGGUCCAUGUGUGUACUUCUGUCCAUGUGGAUGCAGAAUGCUGCUGCUUAGCUUUGGCUGAGAAAAUUCACUCUGGAUAUGAAGCUCCUCGAAUUCCUAUGGAUAAAAGAAUCUUCACCACCACUCACACACCUGGAUGUGUUUUUCUUGACAUAGAUGACAGAGCAGUGCCUUUGUUGGGUUACUUACCUCAAGAUCUAAUUGGAACAUCCAUACUGAUGUACUUGCACCCAGAAGAUCGUCCUUUGAUGAUUGCUAUUCACCGGAAAAUCCUGAAAUUUGCUGGCCAACCCCCUUUUGAACAUCUACCUAUUAGAUUUUGUACUCAAAAUGGGGAUUAUGUCAUACUGGAUACUAGCUGGUCCAGUUUUGUGAAUCCUUGGAGCAGAAAAGUAGUGUUCAUCAUUGGCCGACACAAAGUCCGGACAAGCCCUCUGAAUGAAGAUGUCUUUGCUGCAAGGAGUAAAGAAGUAAGCAGUGUUGAGAAAGAGAUAAGGGAAUUGCAAGGACAAAUUUACAAGCUGCUUCUGCAGCCAGUUCACAGCAAUGUUUCCAGUGGUUAUGGAAGCCUUGGAAGCAAUGGCUCUUACGAGCACUAUAUCAGUAUAGCAUCUUCAAGUGACUCCAAUGGGAAUGGUACAGAGGAAGUACAGGAACCAAUGACAUUGCAACAAGUUUGUGCAGAUGUCAACCGGAUAAAGAAUCUGGGACAGCAGCUGUAUAUUGCAUCAAGGAGCAAGCCACAAAAUGGAAAUAAGCAGGCUGUGAGCUCAGAAAUGGUAGGAGGGAAGAGGCACACUGCUUCCUGUUUUCUUCAGACAUUGAGAAGUGAUAGCACAGAAGAACCAGGCAAUGCACUUUAUGAUGAUUCAAAGAAGACUCCACGUGUUCCUUCCUAUCAGCAGAUCAACUGUGUUGAUAGUAUUAUCAGAUAUUUAGAGAGCUGCAGUAUUCCAGCAUUGAAAAGGAAAUGUAAAUCUUCUGCAAAUAUAUCAUCAUCAUCUUCAGAAGAUGACAAACAAGUCCAGCAAAGUCAGCAGGAAGUUGAGGCAUUGGAAGCAGUUAAUUCCCAAACUCCAAUAUCUGCUGAUCGGGAAGAGACACUGAAAGACCAGACAACUGCAGGCAUGGUGGGAGCUCCUCUGGCAGACCUGACCCUGUCCAGCAAGGCCCCAAGUGUGGUGUCUGUCACCAGCCAGUGCAGUUAUAGCAGCACUAUUGUGCACGUUCCACACCCUGAAUCAGAAGUGACUACAAUGGAGGAUACUACUGUCGGGAGUGAACAAAUUGAGCUGCCUCCUGUGAAUGCUCAGAGUCUCACUAUGGUGCCUGAGGACUUAAAGCCAGUUGGGCUAACAAAAGAGACGUUGUCAGCCCACACUCAAAAGGAGGAGCAGAACUACGUUGACAAGUUCCGUCAGAGGAUCUUGCUCUCUCCAUUUAGGGCUUACCUUCAACAGGGGAGCAGAAGUAACAAUGGAUAUUCCUGUGGCCAAGGAGAUUCCUCUUCAAAGCAGAUGAGCCCAGCUAGCUGCAGAAAAGGCAAACAUGGAAAAUUCAAGCGCCAGAAGCCUCAGAGACAGUCCUCAGAUAGCCACUCUUCUAAUAAAAAUAGAAAUGGUCUUCCAUGUGAGAAGAGAAAAAUCCAGAAACAAUCAUUCUCUCCUUCAGAAGUAUCCUAUCUGAGCUCCGCCGGUAUGAAUGUCCUUCCUCCUGUGGGAUUUCCUGUCCAUUCAGAUCCAGUACCUAGUUUUACAGCCUCUUCUGUGGGAGAGGAGCUUGCCCUUCACUCAGUAAAACCUGAGUCUGUGUCAUCGUCGCAACUAUGUUGUGAAGAACAGUCAUGCCCAGCACUUUAUCCCCCAGACAUAAGCACGUUUAUGGCUGUAUUUUUUCAGAGUUUCCCCAUGUAUCCUCAGAUGCCUCAAUAUGUCUUUAUUCCUAGCCCUCAGUAUGUUUAUCCCCCCUCUUCAUACCCAUGCACUACGCUACCUCCAGCCCCACCUCCUGCUCCAUCACCGAUAGCACCGCACUCUGUGGAUCAGCCCUUUCCAGCCUCCUCUGCCACAUACAUGGAGGACCAGCAAGAGGGCCAGCAUGACCAGGCCCUGCUGCUGAGUAGCUCACGAAGCAGCUCCCCACUUCAGCUGAAUUUGCUUCAAGAAGAGCUGCCAAAACCUAUGGAGCUUUCCAUUGGUACUGAUGUUAAAGCAUGUACAGAAGCUAAAUGUGACAACGAUCCAGAAAAUAGUGGCAACAGUGCUAGCCAUUGUGCUCCUAGUGAAUUUACUGACCACUUGCUGUAUGAGGACUCCCAGUCAGGUACAGGUUCAGCAGUGUCAGGAAGUGGAUCAGCUUUAUCUGUUUUUUUAGGCUCUGGCUCCAGUGAGACUUCUGGUUGUGGCACAGCAGGUAGUGGGAAAAGCAGCAAGUAUUUUGCCAGUAAUGAUUCUUCUGAAGCUUCCAAAGAAGAAAAGAACCAGGAAGCAGAAGAAAAAGGGACAGCACAUAAAUCUAAACAUGAGUCAGUCUGGGCGAUGAUGGAUCACACAUCUGAGCAAGUUCUAAUGACUUACCAAAUGCCAAACAGAAUUAAAGAGGAGGUUCUAAAGGAGGAUCUGGAGAAGCUGAUGGUCAUGCGAAAGCAGCAGCCUUGGUUUACAGAUGGGCAAAAGAAGGAGCUUGCAGAAGUGCAUACUUGGAUCCGUACCCAGACUGUCCCACUGCAAAUCAGCACCCAGGGCUGUGUUACAUGUGACAUCAGGGAAGCAAGUUGUGAGGCUUCAGUAGCUGAUGACAGUAUGGAAAAGAAGGGAAACUCACCUCUGCUCCUGCAGCGCUGAAGACAGCAUCAGCCUUUCUGUCAGUAAAACUGGGUGGUGUUAUUCCCAUUCUCUUUUUCUCUGACUUUGCUACAUACUAGCAGUGAAUCUGUCUAUUUCCUCCCAACAUGAGCAGUCGCAGUUGAGAAACUAAAUGUUCCUCCCUUAGCCCUCUACUCCUGGCAUGACUUUGAAGACGAUCUUUCACUGGGAGGCUAUUUCCCUUCCUGACCUCACAGACUUCGUGCAGAAUGGGUUAUGUUUCUAACUUCUGAUUGCUCACUGAUGAGCGAAAUACAAAGGUUUUUUGGAUUUGGGGUUUUUUUGUUUGCUUGAACUUGUCAAGAGUCUGAAAAGAUGCAGUGGUUAAGAACCUACAGUAAUGAACCUAACAGAUCUGAGCAUGUUUACUCUCCAGGUAAGGUGGAUGUAUUGAAACCAAGCUACAACAGAGUGCUCUUUGUUUUCAUUUGUUCAAUAUUUAAAGAUCUAAACUGAAGAUACUUAUACGCUGAGGCUGUAAAAUCACUGUAGCUGGUUUGAGAAUCCAAAGGGUCUUUUAAUGAGCAGCUGAAAACUGGUCAAAUUAUUCUGCAUUAAAAUGCCUUUCACCAGCUUGUGCCCAUCAAGAGAAUAAGUGAAAAGGAAGUAAAGCUAUUCGCGAUGUUUUUUGUGAUAAGUGUUUUGGAACCAAGUUGCUUUAUAGCUUUUUGCUUUUUAAAGCUGUGCUUCUCAUGAUAGGUGUUUAAAGUUAAUCGAGGGUAACUGGUUUGCAAAUGCUCUAGACAUUAAAUUAUAAAUAGCUAUCAAAAAAAAUAGAAGUAACAAUUAAGGAGUUAUUUCAUUAUACAGGAUCUGCUUUUUAAUAAUAGACACAUGGAAAACCGUUUCUAUCAAGGCACUAUAGCCUAGUUAUCAAUUUGAGCAGCUACAUGCAAUCUUUUAUCCUAUGUGGCUAGUGCUCUGGAAGGUGGAUUUAUAUCUUGAGUUGUUUGUUGUUGUAUUAGAGUAGUUAGAGUUGAAUCUAGACAUGGCAAAUGGGAAAUUUCAAGCCGUUUCUCUGUUUUGUUUUUGUUGUGAUGAUGUCAAAAACAAAAAAACGGAUUGAGCUUAAUUUCUUCUACUUUCUUGAAAAGUCACAUUGUGGAGACAAACUUGAACUUCAAACCGCAUAUUCAUUAUUUCUUCCCCCUGUUGACUUCCUGUAUAUGUUUUAACCUCUUCCUUUAUAAUGGAGUCUCUGUCAUGUUGAAAUCCGUGGAUGAAAAAUUAGUUGGCACCUAGUGCGAGUUUGUUGUUCAGAAAGUGGUAACCACCUUCUCUUUCAGUAUGUAAAAGGACUUGUUCUCUUGUUAAUACUUCUAGUUUAAAGCUGAAUGUCUCAAAGCGCUCUUCAAACAGGACACACUUCACUGAAACCUAGCAAAUUUUGUCCAAUUUCUCCUUUGUUUGUCAAAAGCUGGAUGUAAUCAGAUUUUUCCUUGUGGUGUCACUAAUCACCCUAGCCUUCUCAACAAAGUGUUUUAGAAUGUAACGUGUUAGUCACCCUUUUGUUCUGUGUAACUCCUAUGUGAAGGAUUUUCACUUUUUCCAGUUUUCUUUACUAGUAAGCUUCAAGCUGUUAAAAAAUAUUGUGAUCUGCAGAUCAUUGAGGGAAGACUAUAUUUAUCUAAAGAUUUUUGUUACUUUUUAAAAUCAAUUCAGUGACAAUCUUUGUCAUUACAGCUUUUUUCAAGGAAAGUAAUUUUUACAGAAUUUUAAGUUUUCAAGGCUAAUUUGACUCAGGCAGUGGUUUUUUUUGUUGUUUUUUAUUCUUUUUUUACAGUAUGCUUGCUUUAUCUGUUUAUACCUAUUGAUUUCUAUUUAUUCUGAGCUGCAAUUCUGUCUGUCUGUCAGGUUUUUUCAGCUUGUUCUUUCUUGUGCAGUAAAUGAGCGUAAGUCCAUACAUCUUCAGUACUUUCUGUGAACUUUAAACACUUCUUAAAAUAAAAGACUUCAAUAGGUGUUUACAUAUAACUUAAAUUGAAAUUACUGUUUUAAUAUACUUUGAGACUUAGAGAAAUAGAUUAAUUUGGAUACUCCAGGUAGGGACAGCUGUCUCCUUCAAAACAGUUUAAAAGCAUAAGCCAAAAGGAAAGUUUAGAUAGUCAACUCCUUUGCUGUACAUUAUUUCCACUGUUUAUUUCCUGGGUAUGAAAAUGGGAUGGUUUAUAAUGUCUUAGCAGGCAUACAUGUCAUCCAUUUUAUAAAACAGUGGGACUUAGUUUAGGAGAAUGGUGAUAUGUACCUAACACUUGGGUAAUGCUUUUCAUCUAUAGGUCUGGAAACAUGUCAGAAAGAUGACUAUCAUUAUCCCAGUUGUAUAAAAAGAGGCAGACACACAAGGGACUUGCACAGAUGCACACCCCCAGUUCAUACCAAAUCCAGGAGUAAAAGUUGGGGAUCUUCACUCGCUGUAUCCUGUGCUGUCUUUGCUGCAAGUGGUCAAGAUUCUGACCUGUAUGUGGGAACUUGAUCAUAUCAAAUGUGUUUCUUGUUUGGAGAUGUUAACCCUUCUUGUACCACCUACUGCUAUGAAUUUGUGUCCAGUAGGAUCAUAUAGCAACAGCAAUCCUAGACAGUUUUGUAGUGCUGUGAACACCAUACCCACUGACCGUAUGUAAUGAAGGUACCUGUGCCUAGGAGUUUGAAUUCAAAGUUUGUAAUCCUGGCUAAAUCUUAGGUGCAAGAUUCCUUGUCUGGGGCUAUAUACUAGUCCUGGGUUACGAAAAAAAUUACAGUAUGGGAGAAGAAUAUAAGAAGAAUAAAGAGGUGAAUCAGUGCUCUGUGACGAUUAAACUUUUUAUUUUUUUCCCAAAAACACAAACAAUCUUGGCUGUAAAACCAGGUUUAGGACAAAAACCAGUUUCCCUUUACCCCACUAGAACCACAACAUCUUGCAAUCAAAUGCCUUAUCAAGCCUUUUAGGAAGGACCUAGUUUCCAUGAGUUUUCAGGUACUGGUAGUUUUUACUUCAGCUUAUAUUAAUCUUUCAGUCUGUGUAAUUUGCUGGAGUAGUUGAAGUGAUAUCCAGCUGUGAUCUGAAAGACCAAUGGAGUAAAUAUUGCAGCCAGAUUUGCACGUGCUGUUUUGUUUAUGUGACUUUGUUUUGCUUGGCAUAAUUAAAAUGUUGCAGAUGGUUCAGAGCUGCUUGGAAGGUCACUUUUUUAGUGAUUAAAGGGAAAACACUCACGUACAGUAAUGAUGCAGUUAUUGCCCCCUGUGGGGGCAUCAGCAUUUUGGAAACCUUUGGUGGAUUUCACUGGCAAUUUUUUUUUGUUGUAUUCAUAAAUAUAGAAUUAUGUUUUUAAAAGAUGAUUUGAUGUGCAAAUAUGUUCAUGGCAUUGCUAUGAACAGGAGGGACCCUAGUGUAUUUUUACGGUGUGCGAUAAAUACUUGCUGAAUGAGUAAUGUAUUAGUAAAUUUAUCUUCCAGCUGAAUCGACUUUUAAGUCAGUCGAAUGAAUUUUUACAUCAGCUGAUAGGAAUAUUUUAUUGAAAUAAUAUUCAGCUGUGGUUGAAUUUGCAGUUGUGAUUUUAACUGUACACUUUAAAGGAGCUUCUGUUUUUAUAAAUAAAACUGAAAAAUACGCUGCAAA